AUGGAUGCUCAAAAGGCGAAUUGGCACAAAGAGAUGAUGCGGGACGCGCAUGUGAACACAGCAUACAUGGAAACGAGGAUGUUCUGCGAUGUAAGUCCACAUGUGAUGUUGAACUCUCAUGGUGCGUGGGAGAAAAUGGCUUCCGGAUCUGAAGGAUUGUCGAAGUUAGGUGUUCCUAUUCCUAGGUUUACCUCCAUGAUGCUUGUUGGGGCAGUCUUAAGCGAGGCGUUUCAGCCUGUGCAAAUGUCAUGGUUUCGAGACAUCUUUACCUCUGACAAUGACUAUAUGCCAAACGUUGCUGAGACCAUUGGCACAUUUGCUUUUGUCCUAAACUGGUUCCUAAGAGACCUCAAGAUAGUUCAUACUGAGUUCGGCCAAAUCGCUCAGUCUUCGGCAAUGGUAACUGAUGUGCUUGCCUUUGUUUUGAGCGUAUGGGCUCACGCUAGCCGCGAGUAUUAUAAUGGUAUGCGUGUGGGAGCUGCUUUAAUAGUCUACUUCGUUUUCUUGUACCUUGUGCGACAAGCCAUGCUUUGGGUGAUAAGACAUACACCAGAGGGAGCACCUGUGAAGAACAUAUAUCUCUACAUUGCUCUCCUACUAGCUUACUUGUCUUACCUUUACUGGAGUCACUUCUUGUUCUUCGGACCACUGGGGGCUUUUAUUCUUGGUUUGGCUAUACCCGACGGGCCACCAUUAGGAUCAAUGUUUACACAAAAGUUCGACAGCUUCAACGAGGGCAUAUUCUUACCCCUCUUUGGAUCACUCACCAUGAUUAAACUAGAUUGGUCAUUUCUACUACAAGGUUUUGGAAAUGGAGAACAUCUCCAUGGACAUAUCUACGAGUGUUUUUCAUUCCUUUUCGUCUUGUACGUGGCGAAAUUCGCAACUUCCUUCUUCGCUGCCGUAUCUGCAAAAAUGCCAUUGAGAGACUCAGUUAUUCUAGGUCUCGUUCUUGGCACCAAGAGUAGUUUUGAGUUGGGUUACGUACUCUACGCCUACGAAAAAGGCGGAAUGAGUCUGGAGACCUUCACGCUUAUAGGCGUAUACAUUUUGGCAAACUCUUUGUUAACACCAAUGGCUAUACAUUUCUUGUAUGACCGGUCCAAGAGAUUUGUGAGUUACGGACAAAGGAACUUGAAACAUAAGUCGGAACUGCAAAUGCUGGUGUGCAUCAACAAGCCUGACCACAUAACAUCCAUGAUCAGCCUUCUAAGAGCUACGUCCUCGUCUAAAGAAUCUCCAAUGGCAUGUUAUGUUCUUCACCUACUUGAGCUAGUUGGCAAAGCUACUCCAACGUUUAUCUCCCACCAGCUUCAGAAACCAAAGCCUGGAAGACGGUCUUACUCCGAAAACGUUAUAAGCUCUUUCCAACUGUUUCAACAGAUGAUUCAUCAGGACAACACUUCUGUACACAUGUUCACUUCUUUAACAUCCGCAAGAGAGAUGCAUCAACACAUAUGUAGGUUCGCCUUUGAUAAAACUUCGAAUCUUAUUCUCCUCUCUUUUCACCGCACGUGGGAUGCUAAUGGGGCUGACAUCAUCUCCGACGACCAAACCUUGAGAAGUCUUAACCGUAACGUCCUGAAACGUGCACCGUGCUCUGUCGGAAUCCUUGUCUAUCGCAAACCAAUUUGGCAAACCAAAUCCGUAGACACGCCAUGUCGUGUGUGCUUGGUUUACGUGGGAGGGGACGACGACAAAGAGACCUUAGCAUUAGCAGAGCACAUGAGAGGUAACCAACAAGUUUCUCUAACGGUGCUGCGUCUGAUCCCUAUGGCUAAGACCGACGAGAGCAACGAGUCGAAUCAGAGUGACCAAACGUUAGACACGAACGGCCACGAAGAGAAGCCUGAAGAAGAUAACUCCAUCACAUACAUUGAUAUGACGGUGGCAGAUGGGAGAGAGACUUCCAAGAUAUUGCACUCGGUGAGUUAUGACUAUGAUCUGUUUCUAGUCGGGAGAAGUAGCGGGAUUGGUACUGCGGUCACUAAAGGACUCAGGGAUUGGAUGGAGUUUGACGAACUUGGAGUCAUUGGAGAUUUGUUAGCAUCUGAAUAUUUUCCUUCUAGAGCCUCCGUCUUGAUCGUCCAACAACAAGAAAAUGAGUAG